AUGGCGGAGCAGGGCCAUGGCGGGGACACUUCUAGCCAGGAGACUAUCGUGGAGGCCUCCGUGACGGAUAGUGAUAUGAGUGAAGAGGAGUUAUGUAGGAGGAUGUGGUUGCCUCAUCGUGAUCUGGAUCUGGAUUCAACAACUCAAAUACAGAGCUCAAAUGGAGGAUUUCCCUCUCCAGAAAUGCAUUUUCUAGGUAAAUUUCAUGAACUCACAUGUAGUCUGAAGGAAGAACAGAUACCUCAAGAGGCUUUUGCAUCUGACCAGUCUCAGUCUCUGCUGCAGGGUUGGAUAAACUGUCCAUCAGCUACUGAAAAUGUUCCUGAGCCUGAUUUUUCACUAAAUGCUGCAAUAGAAGAACAGCAAAAUAAUUCUGUAGAUACUGAAUUGAAUGGAGUCCAGAAAGAUUCAGGAGAAAAGAAAUUAAGUAUUGAUGAUGACUUUCCAGAAAUAAGCCUCUGUCUAAGUGCCCUUCUGGUGGAUAUUAUGGCAGUUCCAAAGGAACAGACACCAAAAGAUACAUUUCCAUGUAUUUUUUAAGAUUUCCAGAGAAAUCAUAUGACUGUUUUUGACCCAGAUGCAGAGUAAAAAGAAUAUUCCCCUAAUACUGGCACAGGGCUUUCACUGACAUCCUCAGAGAAGAUUUUCAUGGAAGCAUUCACUGAACGGAGUGUAGAGACUGGUGAAUGUGAUUUGUGGAGAUCUCUUAGUGAUUCUGAGGGUCUUAAAAUGAUAAACGCAAGAAGUUAGUGUCAGGGUCCUGCCUUCCCAUCUGUGGAUGAGAGCACUAAUGCUUUGCCAGUAGAACAUGUGACAGUUUUGAAUUCCUUGUCAGGAUCUGUAGUGCAACGUGCCAACCCUGUAUUGCCAUGACAGACAACUUAAGACCAAGGGAGAGAGCAGUUAAAUUCAGAACCGAGUGUUCUGUGGUCAGGUGAUGACUGACAAAUAACAAACAUGAUAGAGCCUCAGCUUGCUCCACUUCAUAUCAAAGAAAUAAGAGCCUUAACAGAAUAUAACUUGGAGACAAAAAAUAAGCAACCUGUAGGUGAGCAGCAGAGAGAGAAAGAAGUAAUUUCAGAUUACUGUGGUGCCACUUCAUGUGAAGAGCAAACUAAUGAGAGAGGUUUGCCUCUGAAGGAGGCUGCAGCACGUGCAGAAACAACCCAAACAACGUCAGGGAAUGCAGUGGAGUUAAGAGACACCCCCUCAAAAUGCAGCCAUGUUUCCAGUCAUCAACAGAUCUUAGAAGACACUCAGCAGGGAAUAUCUCACAGUGGCAAAGAUAAGAAUUUUAAGUAUGACAAAUAUUCUAUCUGGAAAAUAGUUUCUUCUGAUUUACCCUUUAUUCAGUACUACCUAAGAUAUAUAGUUGCAAAAAUUCAGAAAUCUAAAGACAUGAAGGAUCCAGAAACCUACAUGUGCCAAGACAUAAUUCAGAAUGAGGAUACAGAAGAGAAUACAGAGAGAAGAAGGAGCAAGAGAAUAGAAAACAAAUUGAAACAAGAAGCCUUUGUUAGGAAUUUUGUGAAUCUUGCUUUCCCCAUUUCACUUUCAACAAUAAAUAGGAGGAAUAUGUAUGGUGAGACCAUACUGCAUAGAGCUGUUGCUCAACAAAAUAUAGACUUUGUACGCAACAUAAUAAAGUCUGGUGGAAAUGUAAAUGUUCAGGAUUAUGCUGGAUGGACUGCACUACACACAGCAAGUGCAGAAGGCUUUUAUGAGAUAGCAAAUGAGCUUUUGAAAUCAGGAGCUGAUGUUAAUGCUGUAGGACAGGAACAAAUAACACCACUGCAAGAUGCAGUUAAAGAAGGCCAUUAUGAGAUUGCAGAGUUAUUACUUUGGUAUGGAGCCAAUCCCUUACUGAAAGACGAGACGGGAAGGUGUGCAUUAGAAGAAGCUUCUGACCCAUCUAUGAGGAAACUACUUACAAGCUAUGCAGCAAGAUAUGGAAGAUGUUCAGUAUCAGGUGGAGAUGAUUCAGAUAAUGUGUUAAAUACUCAGAGUGUCACGGAUACAAACCUGCACCAGACAGAUGAGUCCGAACUACCACGUGCAAAUCUUACAGAUUCAAAUAGCAUGGACAUAUUACACCAGACUGUUGUAAAUGAGGUGCAAGACAUUAUUACUACUACUAUAUCUAAGAAUGGCACCAGUUGCACUGAACAGACGCUUCAAGCAAAUGCAGAAACAUUGUUAGUACAUGAGGUUUUAGCAGCUACAAGUGGGGAAAGUGUUUCUGAAAGUCCUUGUAAUUCUACUAGUGCUGUACUAAGCACCACUAAAGAGAAGUUUCCACAGCCAGAGAAAGGAGGGAGGAUCCUGCUUAAUGCAGAAGAAAGAAUUGAAGAAUGUCACCUGGAAACUGAAUGUAUUACUAGUUUGGAGACUGAGCCUGUAGUUUUACAACUCCAUGAAAAUGACACAAGUCAAAUUAGACAAAAGAGAGAGGAUCUUCAGGAGACCAACUUGAAAGCAGAUUUACAUUUUGGUAUUAAUGCAGACAGCAACUCUCCUUAUUCAUUUCAGAUUGUGGAAAAUGUGCAGAAAGAAACCUCCCAGAAAACAGAUGAAGAAGUACUUACUGGAGUAAGUGGAACAGAAUGCACUGACAAAAAUGGAGAAGGAAAUGCAGAGGCCAGUGUGCUUUCACAGUUUACUGAAACGGAAGUCCAAACUGAGAGAGCAGGGCUAGACUUUCAGAAGACAAGCGAACCUGCAGCCUCAUAUUCCAGUAGCAGCAAAAACAACCUUGCUUGUAAUCACCCACAAUUCAGUCAAACAUCAGAACAGCAGACACCCAAGAAAUCAGAGUCUGCCUUACAUGCAAGAGAAGCUGUAAUUCUAGAUCACACCUAUCAUACGAGAUACAGGACGGAGAUACAAAGGAAAAGAAAUGCACAAGGGGAAACUCAGCUGCACAUAGCUGCUAGGAGAGGAGAUUUACCUUUGGUGAAAGAUCUAAUAUCUGUUGGAAUUUGUGUCAAUGCUCAGGACAAUACAGGUUGGACAGCAAUGCAUGAAGCCUGCAGAGGGGGAUUUACUGAAGUGAUCUCAGAAUUGCUGAAAGCUGGUGCUGAUGUUAACCACAGAGGUCGAGAUGGUAUUUUACCUAUCCAUGAUGCUGUUUCUGGCAAUUAUUUGGAGGCAGUCAAGAUUCUACUACAGCAUGGAGCAAAUCCCUGUGAGAAGAAUGGUUCAGGGAUAAGUGCUUUGGAUCAAGCUUGUGAUGGUGAAAUGAAAGAACUGCUGAAGUCUUACAGCAGCACAGAUUCUGCACUUCCUGUUGAGAGUACUGAAAUCACAGAGAGGAGAUACUCACUGAGGUCAAGGACAUCCAAACGUGAUUGUUGCAACUUCUAUACAAAUGAUGAUGCAGCUUUGGAGUCACAACAUGAGAAAUACAGCGUGUCUGCUGCUGCGAUACAGAAUGCAGAAAAAAACCAAAAGGAACUUUUGCUCUUUGAGUUAAGAACUUCCAAAGAUGCAGAUCUGUAUAUCCAAAGGCUGUCUCAGACCCAAGAGACUUUGAAUAAAAUGCUUGCAAAACAGAAAACAGAAAGAGAUGCCCUUGCUAAAAAAUACCGGGCUUCAGUGGAAUCUUUCAAAAAAGGAGCUCUGAGAAAACAGUUAGUUAACCUUGCUGCUAGGCAAAAGACUCUGUUGACUGUUGCCCAAAAGCAGGAAGAAUUAGUACAGAAAAUACAAAAUUACAAAAAAACAAAGGAAGUGUUUAGAGCAUCGUGUUUAGAGAAGCAAACUUCCAUAUCCCAUGGAAAUGAUGAAAGACAAAGUUUAACUGCAGGCGCAACCAUGUGCCCUGAUGUAGCUAUGUUUAAUACAGGGCUUGAUGCCAGCGUGCUUAAUGGUAACUGCCUAGAAGCACCUCUCUCUUCAGAAAAUCAGGAAUGCAGCCAGGAUCCACGUAUCAGCUUUGAUGAGACAGGGGCAAAUCAGGAUGCAAUUAGAUGCAAAGAGGCUUCUGAUCAUUCUUUGGCAUCCAAAAACAGAGUAAGAGAAGAUCCCAUCAACAUGUCAAAGAUGACAAAUGCUGUGGAAACGGUGACAUUGCCUUCAGAACCUGCUGUUUCCACUGCUAAAACAAAGCGUUCACAGCGAAAAUGUAUUGAUUGUGUAGCUUGUGUAGCAGCUGCAGAAAAAAGAAAAAGGUCUUUAAAUCCCUCUUCAGUGACCAAUAAGUUAAAUACUGUAGAAACCCAAAGCUCUCUUGUCAGUAUCUGUCAGCCAGGCAGUUACCAUCAACAGGUUCCUACAGAUGAGGAGCUACACAGAUACAUGAAUAAGGGAGCAGCAGCAGUAAUAAGCAGCAACAAGCAGCAGCAACUGCAAGUGAUUUCAUUAACGCCGACAAAGAACUUCCCUAAUAUUCUGCAGCAAACUGUCUUCUGGAGUAAUGACGACUCAUUUAAUGCCAACUCAGCCCUUACCAGUCUUACCUCAAAUACAGACUAUGCAGUAAACCUCAAUGAAAAAUCUUCCCAGAGCUAUAGGAAUCAGGGAUGUGAACAAAACCAAGUGGGAUGCAGAAGAAGACAUAAGAAAAAACUUCAGUUGAUAGACCUACUUGAUUUGGGAAGAAUUAAGCCAGGAGAAAAUGUUUUAGAAUUCAAACUGCAGGAAUUUAGUCAUAAAGCCACACUCUUGAGCAAUGGCAAGAUCAGAACCAGUGAGAGUCAAAUACUCCAGAAUCCAGUUCAGUGGGUUAAAGACCUACUAGGAAAUGAUAUUUACGUGUCAUGGCAGUAUGCGUGGAAUAAAGUUACAUAUCUCGGAAAACAGUUGUCAAAGUUUGUUGUUGAAGAAGCAGCAGUUUCCAGUGACCUGGAAUUAUCAUCACAAGAAAUAGAGUCUUUGGGGAGGAAUUUUAUCACAAGGAGCAGCAACUACAACCAGCACCAUCAGAGUCCUGGUACUACCUCCAUUACUCAGCCUUCUGGAAACUUUCUCCUGAGCAAUAUGCAGCCACAGACUACAUCCUUGCCACAAAGAGAAUCUGUGAAAACACUACUACACACUGAUGUAGAAGCAGCUAUUACCAGGGAACUCAAGAGGUCUUCUGUCCUGUUCAAUUCAGUGGAAAGUCUGAUACAUUUUCUUCAAUUCCAUGAGAUAGUAGUGGUAGGUAAAGAGGAAUUUCUGCCGUGCCCUGUCAUGGAAAAGCAUUGGAGUUUCUACAAAGAAUGUGAAGAUUUUGGAUUCUAGAAUCUUCUUGAGUGCUAACACUUUUUUCUUGAUUGCCACUUAAAACUAACCGUUUGAGCUUACAGUUCUAAGUGUUUUGUUGUGGUUGCUGUCAUCUUGAUAAAUCGUUUACCUAGCAUGUGGGAUGGACUGAAGGACUGGAUAAAUGAGGAGUGAGAGAGUACUUUGUAGCAGGUGAGGGUAACUGUCAAUACUGAACUUUGUACUCUGAGAUUAAAAAGCAGGGAAGCAGACAAGGACUGAUGUAGACUGGUGUUCAUUGAGAAUUUUAUUGCAGGUUGUUAACUUUAUGUCAAAUUCCACUGAUUUCAGUGGCUGCCUGUGCUUGUUGGGGCUGCACAA